AUGAAUCAAAUUCCUCUCGAUCCACCAUCGCAAAACGUGUCUACAGGAGCAAAAAGAUUGGCUCAGCCCGUUGUACAUCCAGUUGAAACUGUUCUCAGGAAGUUUGAAAAGGAUGAACUCAAAAGACAAUACUUUGUUAUGGCUCGUAACUUUGGAAGCCACAUGCCAAUGCACAUGGAAAUGCAAAAGAAGAUUUUCGGAGCAUCACUUAGAUUACCCUCUUUGGAAUCAAACAAAGUUGGCUUGAGUGUAUUAAUGGGAGAUGACGAAAAUAUUGAAUUUGAGGAUUAUUUGAACGAUCCAAAUAUGACUGAAACAUUGCCAACAGAGGACGUUCAUGCAUCAUGCGAGAAAGCUCUUGGUAUUAAUGUAAAUUUCCAUCGAGUGUAA